UGCAUCUCUGGCACAUUGUUUUGGCGGCGCGGCAAAAUAAUGAUUGCUGUUAUCGUGUAGGCGACCGGCAAGUGUUUGAAACGACGUAAAAGAAAUAUGUUAUAAAAUAAAUAAAAAGUGUAAUAAUAAAUACUAAAAAUAAAACAAGCUAUUUUAUGCCGUAGUGUAAAACCAAUAUAAGUUAAAGUAAUUAAAUAUGUCUUCCAUAAAUAAAGACGACGAAAUGUGUGUGGUGGACAGGAGGAAACCAUGGUACAAAUAUGUAACAGUAGAACCGCCAAUGUUCCUCUACAUGAUGGCAUAUAUGAUCACAAAUGUGAUAGAGCAAACAUUCUAUGUGUUCCAAGCUUGCACGGUAAACCAUGGCUACAGUCCGGAGAUAUGCUACAACAUCAGCAGUUAUAGUGAUAUUAAUAAAGAAGUGCAGCUAACAGUAUCAACAUUCCACCAAUGGAACGGCGUUGCUGGUCACGUCGUACCUCUUCUACUUGCCUUUUUCUUAGGUUCAUACAGCGAUAAACGAGGUAGAAAAGUAAUACUCCUCGCUGGCCUUCUUGGAAAGCUAUAUUUCUCAGCAAUGAUCACAUUAAAUACCGCGAAAGCUUGGCCCGUGGAAUAUGUGAUAUACACUGCGGCACUGCCGAGUGCUCUAACCGGUGCUGACCUAGCAAUAUUCGCUGGCUGCUUCGCCUACAUUGCUGAUGUUUCUUCAUUAAAAAACAGAACAUUAAGAGUUGGCAUAUUAGAUGUAGUUUACUUGAGCACAAUGCCCACUGGAGUAGCUAUAGGUAAUUUGCUGUGGAACAAAGUGGUCAACCGAUCCUUCACCAUCAUGUUUGCAAUCAACACGUCACUUAUGGUCUUGGCAACGUUAUACACAAUUAUUUUCUUGAAAUGGCAGACAAGACCAGAACAAAAGUCCUUAGCAGAGGCUGGUGUUAAGAACCCAAUCACGGACUUCUUUGACGUCAAGAACAUUGUGCAUACUGUGACGAUACUCACACAGAGACGGCCUAACAAUCGAAGGUUAUUCCUAUGGUUCCUAUUAAUAUCGAUGGCAUUUUAUACUUUCCAAAGAGAUGAGCGGUCUGUGAUGUAUUUGUACACUAUAAAAGUGUUUCAAUGGGACACGACAUCGUUUAGUAAUUUCAGAACAUAUUUGAGCACCCUGUAUGUGAUAGCCAUGCUGUUUGGUAUACCUCUAAUGACGAAAGUACUGCGCUGGAGAGACACAGUAAUAGUAAUGUUGGGUGCAUCAGCGCAUAUUUGUGGUCACUUGGUCUAUGCCCAUGCGAAUGUAGAUAAGCUAUGGUACCUCGGUGCUACCUUCGCCGCGUUCGGCCCUUGCGUGGCGCCCCUUAUACGAUCCAUGACUUCGAAAGUACUUCCUGCAUCUGAAAGAGGUGUGGCGUACGCUUUCCUAUCAGUGAUGGAGAAUGCAGUAGCGAUGUUCGCGUCAAUCAUAUAUUCACAAUUAUACAAAGCGACAUUGGAUACGGAAUUUGUUAAUUCGAUAUUCUACCUCACUAUUUCAACUCAAGUUGUAGUUUUUACGUUAACAUUUAUCAUGGAACUUAUGUUGAAAUGCAGACCACUAGAACCUCUUUAUGAAGCAGACGAAGAAAGGAGGAUGUCAACAUCAUCAUAACACGAAAUAAAACAACAUUAAUUAAUGUUUGGAACAUUUAUAUAUUAAGUACUUCUACAAAUUGAUAUAACUUUUCAAAAUCACUGAUAAGGAACUCCAUUACAAAUUACAAUAAAACAGGUUUAAACGUUAUCAUACAUUUCCAAUUACGAAUAUGUUUUAAAGGUCAGUAUAAAGUUUAUAGACUGAUAUUACAAUAAUAAGACUUAUAUGCAUGGUGUGUAAAGCAUUCAUAAAAUAGAAAUUUGAUGCCUUGAUAUUUUGUGUAACAUUUAUAUAAUGAAUUCAGUGAUAUUUAUAAAAUGCAUUGUAUUUCUCUAUGUGAUAACUAAUUUAAAAAAAUGUAAAGAAAUCUUAUUUUAUACAUAUCUCUAAUAUUCCAUUUGAUGGAAACUAAAAUCGAAUACAUAAUAAUAUUUAUUAUACCGCUGAAUUUUUAGAUGUAAGCCUUCUUUAAGUCAUGUACUGGAUACAAGACACUACUGGUAAUCCUUUUUUUACUCCAGUAUACAUUAGGUUAAGGGACAUGAAAUCGUUGUUCUUCUAUCAUUAAUAAAUGCUGUAUUUUACA